GCCCCGCGCGGCGCCGGAAGUGAGUGUGCAUUUCCGGCGGGGGCGGGUGGGUGUCGGUGUCGCUGCCUCUUCUUCCUCCCUCCGUCCGCCGCCAUGAAGGACGUGCCGGGCUUCUUGCAGCAGAGCCAGAGCUCGGGGCCGGGGCAGGCCGCCGUGUGGCACCGCCUGGAGGAGCUCUACAACAAGAAGCUCUGGCACCAGCUGACUCUGCAGGUUUUGGACUUUGUUCAGGACCCUUGCUUUGCCCAAGGAGAUGGACUCAUCAAGCUUUAUGAGAACUUCAUCAGUGAGUUUGAACACAGGGUGAACCCCUUGUCCCUGGUAGAGAUCAUUCUUCAUGUAGUCAGACAGAUGACAGAUCCCAAUGUGGCCCUUACUUUUCUGGAAAAGACUCGAGAAAAGGUAAAAAGCAGUGAUGAAGCUGUCAUUUUGUGUAAAACAGCCAUUGGGGCGCUCAAGCUGAACAUUGGAGACCUGCAGGUCACCAAGGAGACCAUUGAGGAGGUUGAGGAGAUGCUGAACAAUCUCCCUGGGGUGACCUCGGUUCACAGCCGCUUCUAUGAUCUCUCCAGCAAGUACUACCAGACAAUUGGGAACCACGCCUCUUACUAUAAGGACGCUCUGCGCUUUCUGGGAUGCAUUGAUGUUAAAGAUCUGCCGGUAUCAGAGCAGCAGGAGAGAGCAUUUACCCUGGGACUGGCAGGGCUCUUGGGAGAAGGUGUUUAUAACUUUGGGGAGCUGCUCAUGCACCCUGUUCUGGAGUCCCUGAGAAACACUGAUCGGCAGUGGCUGAUUGACACACUUUAUGCCUUCAACAGUGGUAAUGUAGAGACGUUUCAGUCUUUGAAGUCGGCAUGGGGUCAGCAGCCAGAUCUGGCUGCAAAUGAAGCACUUCUGCUGCAGAAGAUUCAGCUGUUAUGUCUUAUGGAGAUGACUUUCACCCGGCCGGCCAAUCACAGACAGCUCACUUUUGAAGAGAUUGCCAAGAGUGCCAAAGUCACUGUGAAUGAGGUGGAACUGCUGGUGAUGAAGGCUCUCUCGGUAGGCUUGGUAAAGGGCAGUAUUGAUGAAGUUGAUAAGAGGGUGCACAUGACAUGGGUACAACCACGCGUGUUGGAUUUACAACAGAUCAAAGGAAUGAAAGACCGCCUGGAGUUCUGGUGCACAGAUGUGAGGAGCAUGGAGAUGUUGGUGGAGCACCAAGCUCAUGACAUCCUAACAUAGAGGACCUUGCACUACCCCUGGGAGAGUAAUUUCUACUGCUACUGAUGCUAGCAGCACUCAGACCACUGACUCUGUACUGAAUUAUAUUGAAGGGGGGUGGGUGGGCAGAGGGGAGAGCAGCUUUUUUGAGCUUGUUCGAAGGAGUAAGUGGCCUUUUGCUGUGUAACCCUUUGGUGCUUGGAGUCAAGAUUUCCCUAUGCGCUAACAUUAGUGGCACUGACAUGAGAGCUCCCAUCGUGCUCUCGUAAAAGGAGGACAAAGGCUCCGCAGUGGUUGAUUUAUCAGUCUUGUUAUCAAAUUGUUGUGGGAGGAUGUGAUGCUGAUUGCAUGUUACAGGAGCGGAGGCUAUUUGCCAGGUAAAGGGGUAGCAGAAGCUCCGUUAUGAAAACAUGCUAGAGAGGUGCCUGACAAUUGUAUGUGGUAUUACUUAGUGGUAUUGGCCUUAGGAGGGCAUGACCUUCCCCGGUAACCUCUCUCCCCCUGCCCCUGCAGCAGCCCAAAGGCAGCAUUACUGAAAUAAUCUUUCUCCUUUUGCCCUCUUUCUCCAUAACCCCUCCUCCUCAUCUGCAGCAGAGGGAGUGUUUACUCCAUCAAAGGGUUUUUUCCAGGAUUACCGUUUAGUGGAUGUGGUUUUAUAUACUUUUGGGGGUGGUUGUCUUUUACAAACACUUUGUGCUAAAGUGAGGUGCGGCAGUAUUGCUGGAAUAAACUUCUCUGCCUUCCCUUUUCUGUA